CAGGGAUGUGACGUCACAGGCGCUGUACGGCGCGCCGCUGGUGACCGGAGCAGAAAGCGCGGAGUGAGAGAAAUCGCGUGGAAUAAGAGGAGAGCCUGAUGGAGUUUUAAUUCAGGAUGGAUCCGUUAAAGAGGAAAUUGCGGUCAGGGAAAGAGAUGGCUGAGAGCAGCGAAGACGGGGACACCCUCUCUGAACCUAAAAGGGCCAAGGCUGAUAACACCGGCACAGAGGAUGCAUCUUCGUCUAAAGAAAAUGAAGGAACUCAGGACGAAUCUUUGGGGAACAGAGAAAGCUGUGCUUGUUCUUUGUGUGAUUUUGUGGCAAAAACGCCAACUGCACUAAAAAUCCACUCUAAACGGAAACACUCGGUGGGGGCUUUGAGCUCACAAACAGAAACUGUCCCUGAGAGGAAUGGUGAAGAGUCAGCUGUUUCUGAUAUUAAAGACAUUAAAGAGAUGGAAAACACUUCUGAAGAGAACCAGGGAGACUUGCAUCAGCCUGAGCAAAUAGUGACUUUACUGAUCUCGCAGGAACAAUCAGAAACUGCCUCCAGUUCUCAUAUAGAAGGCACAUUGGAGCAGCCUGUGGCUCAAGCACCUCAGAAACCCUCUGAGGAGUCAGCAGGGGGCAGCACCAGCCCUACACGCAUUCUGUUGGAGAUGGUUGACCCUUUGUUGGGUGAAGGAAAUGAAGAAACGAAUCAAGGGAAUGUGGUUGCUGAAGAUGCAGGGAACGAGGAGAGCCAGAAUGGUUCUUCCUGUAGACCUGCGGUUGAGGGUAAGCGAACCAGCAAAAGGUGUCCAAAGCCUAAAGUCCUGCAUGCAUGCUCCCACUGUGGGCAUGUGUUUCGAGACAGGCCCAGUCUUGAGAUGCACGUUAAGAGAAGACACACCAAGGAAAUGAACUACUUCUGUGAAUGCUGUUCAUACGCAUGUGUGGCCAAGUGCGAUUAUGAGAAGCACUGCAUGAGCAAUAAGCACAAAAAGAAAAUGUCAGAGAAGAAAGAAGCACCUCCUAAUGCUGAAAGGUCUGUUUCUUCAGGGGGUACCACUGAGCUUCAGUGCAACAGCUGCUCUUUUACAGCCAGCACCACUGACCUGCUUAGCCACCACAUGAAACUGCAGCAUGGCGCGGAGAGCAUGGUGCACUGCAAGGUGUGCCAGUACACCUGCACACCUGAAGCAAUGCAGACUCACCUGGAGGAAGAGUCCCACCUGCAUGCCGCCAAUGAGAAAAACAUCAGUCCGCUGUACCAAGACUGUGUGGAAAAUGUUCUGGUGUUACUUUCAGAGGAAAAGAAAGAUAAAGGGCAAACAGAACCUGUCCCAGAGUUGCAGGAAAGCUCAGAAGAAAACUUGCGUCCUAACAGACAGAAGCGCGGAAGGCCGAAGUCGAGUCUCGUGACCACCUGCAGCCACUGCGGCCUUGUGGCGUCAAAUCCCACGAACCUCAGCGUGCACAUCCGCCGCAGGCACAGUCGCCUGUACAGCUUCUUCUGCAAACUCUGCAACUAUUACUGCGUAACUAAAGGGGACAUGGACCGCCACUGCGAGACGAAGAAACAUGUUAAGCAAGCACAGGCGAGCGGGGAUGGAGGGGCUGUGUUACACUUGGAUGGCGAACAGGCAGCACACGCGAGUGAAGAGGAUGCGGCAUGGCCUGUUCAAACAGAGGGAGCCACCGGAGAGGAAAAAGAAGGCGACAAAGACGUGGAAGAAAGUCAGAGUGAGGCACCUUGCAAGAAAACCAAGUAUGACCUCGUGAACUCGUGCAGCCACUGUGAUUUCGUUGCCCACUCCGUGUCGUCACUCAUGCUCCACAUACGUCGCAAGCAUAUGCGGGACUUUGAGUUUGCGUGCCUGGCGUGCAGCUAUUAUGCCGUGACUCGCAGGGAGAUUUCCCGACACAUGGCAACGGAAAAGCACAAACAGAAACGUGAGGUGUACAUGCAGGAGCGGUUCAAGAGCAGUUCAGCAGAGCCGGGAGGCCAGGGCAUGGAUGUUCAAGCACCAGAUGAUCAACUGACUCUUGUUGAAGAUACAGGUUCUCACGCACCAGAAUGUUCUUCAGCUAAUGGCUCAAGUGAUUCUUCCAAAACUCCCGAAGGAACUGAAGGAGGAACUGAGGGAGGAGAGAAUGAUGUGACCUUGGAAAGUGUCACUGAGAUCAAAGAACCAAACCAAAGUCCAGAUGAAAGUUUGGAGGGGUCAAACAUCCUAGAGGAACCCACAAUGGAGGACAUGGAGGAAAAUGAAGAUGAAGAAUCCCUGGAUUUGAAAGCUGUGGGUGAAAAUACGCCUCUGAGAUUUGCUACACUGGACGAAUGCAUUUUUCCCCUAAAGGCACAAACAGAGGAUCAACAAGAUGGGGCAGAAGGAGAGCCAAAACCGACUACUAGCGCACUGAGCCUACAGGGAGGGAAAAAUCUCAGACCAGUAGGGGGCACUGUGGUCAAAGGUGCUUCUGCUAACCCGCGUAUCCGCUGUGAAGACUGUGGAUUCCUGGCGGACGGCCUGAGUGGAUUGAAUGUCCACAUCUCCAUGAAACAUCCAUCUAAGGAGAAGAAUUUCCACUGCCUGCUGUGCGGGAAGUCGUUCUACACGGACAGCAACUUGCAGCAACACCUGAGCAGUGCCGCUCACAUGCGCAACGAGCAGGGCAGCGUUGAGGAGCUGCCUGAAGGGGGCGCCAGCUUCAAAUGUGUGCGCUGUAGUGAGCCGUGUGCGACUGAACAGGAGCUUUUCCUGCACAUCAAAGAGAAGCACGAGGAGCUGUUGAGAGAGGUUAAUAAGUAUGUUUUGGAGGACACCGAGCAAAUUAACAAAGAACGACAGGAGAAUCAAGGCAGCGUCUGCAAGUACUGCGGAAAGGUCUGCAAGAGCAGCAACUCCAUGGCCUUCCUGGCUCAUGUGCGAACACACACAGGGUCAAAGCCGUUCAGGUGUAAAAUUUGUAAUUUUGCUACGGCGCAGCUCGGAGAUGCACGGAACCACGUCAAGAGGCACCUGGGCAUGAGGGAGUACAAAUGCCACAUCUGCGGGUGGGCUUUUGUGAUGAAGAAACACCUGAACACACACCUGCUGGGCAAACAUGGACUGGGCCAACCCAAAGAGAGGAAGUAUGAGUGUGAGCUGUGUGAGCGGAGCUUCAGUGAGAAGUGGGCUCUAAAUAACCACAUGAAGCUUCACACCGGAGACAAACCCUACAAGUGCACCUGGGCGUCCUGCCACUACGCUUUCCUCACCCUGUCCGCCAUGAAGGAUCACUACAGGACUCACACAGGUGAGAAAUCGUUUCUGUGUGAUCUCUGCGGUUUUGCCGGUGGGACUCGACAUGCCCUCACUAAACACCGCCGCCAACACACGGGUGAACGGCCGUUCCGGUGCCACUUGUGCAAUUUUGCAUCAACUACCCAGUCUCACUUAACCCGGCACAAACGCGUCCACACCGGAGAGAAACCCUACCGCUGCCCCUGGUGUGAUUACAGGUCGAACUGUGCAGAGAACAUUCGGAAGCACAUCCUUCACACAGGGAAGCACGAGGGGGUGAUGAUGUACAACUGUCCGAAGUGUGAUUACGGCACUAACGCUCCAAUGGAAUUCCGCAACCAUUUGAAGGAAAAUCACACGGACAUCGAAAACCCUGAUCUGGCCUACCUGCACGCAGGAAUCGUGUCCAAAUCCUUCGAGUGCCGUCUGAAGGGUCAGGGGGCAUCAUAUGUGGAGACGGAAGUUGCGUUUGCUCCGGACGAGGGGCGACUGGGCUCAGAGGCGCUGCAGCAGGUCAUCAUCAUCCAAGGCUAUGGCGAAGGGGGUGCUAUGGAGCAGGAGCUGGAGGAGUCUGCGGCCGCCACGCUGCACACGCUCGCCAUGACGCACACGCACGCUCAGCUACAGGUGGCGCAGGUGCUGCACAUUACUGAAGACGGGCAGGUCAUCCCCUGCCACAAGGUGGCGCCAUCUGAGACCAAUCUGCCUGAGGGAACGACGCAGUACCUGCUGGUAGAGGGGCAAGAGGAGGGCCAGAGUGGCCAGGGGCAGACCGGAGUCAGCCAGGUGCUGUCGGAGUCCUCCACUGCUUUGGACGCCCUGCUCUGUGCAGUGUCAGAAAUCGGCCAGCAGGGCGGCGCUGGAGAGACGGAAAUCAUCACAACCGAGCAACAGGUCCAAACCCAGGUGGAGGAGCACGGGGAGGUGCAGGUGUACGGGGAGGUAGUUGAAGGUGAGGGGGCGGGGUCAGUAGGCGUGGUUACGCAGGUGGUCGGCCACGCCCACCAGGACACACCUGAAGAGGUGGUACAGGAGGUGCUGCAGUUCGCUGCGAGCCAGUUGAUGAUGAAGGAGGGGCUGACGCAGGUCAUCGUGAAUGACGAGGGGACACAUUACAUCGUAACAGAGCUGGACGACUCCACCCUGCAGGUGGAGGGCGCUGUGUAUGCACACAGUGAGGGGGCGGAGUCUGGAGAAGUGGUGGAUGACCAGCAGAGCAAGGGUGCAGUAACGUAUUCACACAUCAGCCUUAACCAAGAAGCUCAGGAAUAAAGUGGGCGGGCCUGGUGCCCUUGGUCCCUCCUCCUUUUGCUUGCUCAGUCUGUCUGACUCCGCCCUCUUCUUCUCUUCUUGCCUUACUAGCUCA